UUUUCUUCCAGUCAGCUGCUAGGGUUUUUUCAUCUCUUGCAGACAGGCGGCGGCGGCGGCGGCGGCGGCGGCACCAAGCUUCGGAAUCAGAAAUGGUGAAGGGUCGCCAAGGAGAGCGUGUCAGGCUCUAUGUUCGUGGAACCAUUCUCGGGUACAAGAGGUCGAAGUCAAACCAGUACCCAAACACGUCCCUGAUCCAGAUCGAGGGGGUGAAUACUCGAGAGGAGGUGGCAUGGUACUGCGGCAAGAGGAUGGCGUACAUCUACAAGGCGAAGGUGAAGAAGAAUGGAUCCCAUUAUCGCUGCAUUUGGGGUAAGAUAACUCGGCCUCAUGGUAAUAGCGGUGUUGUUCGUGCAAAGUUCAAGUCCAAUCUCCCACCUAAAUCCAUGGGAGCCAGAGUGAGAGUAUUCAUGUAUCCCAGCAACAUUUGAGUGACAUGUUAUCUAAGAUUGGUACCGAAUGGUGGAUCUAGAAGUUUUGGGAUAUACCAUCAGAAGAGUUAAGCUUUGAAGUUUUCUGUACUCAGAGAGUGAAUAGUAGCCAUCUGUUCUGACUUUUCUUCAAUUAACUAUUAUGGGUUUUUGUAAGUUUUUUAUACUUUUUAUUAUAAUGAUAGUUAUUUUGAAUUUGAGUACAAUCAUU